CCCUCUGUCUGCCAGGGUUGUCCCGUGAUUAUUGCACCCCUGGGAGAAUACACCGUCUCUACUCACUCAAAUACUGACGCCUAUCUCGCCCUGGCUGCACUAUCAUGCAUGUGCUGGAUUAGCCGAGCCGGUAAUGGUGGCCAAUUCGACACAAAGUGACGCCACACGUGACAAAGUUGCAGUUAAGCGAGGCGGCGGCUCCGGAUUGUGUGAGCGGUGAUGGCGGUGUGGCGGCGGUGGUGGUGGUGGUGGUGUGUGUGUGGAAUGGCGGCGGCCGUGGUGCCCGAGAGUGAUGACAGUGGGUACGGCAGGCGAGAAUUAGGGUGGGUGGCGGGCAACUUGGGUGGGCCACAGUGUCCUGAGAGCUGUUCCUGCAUACUACCCCGUCAGGUGGUGUGUACUGCCACUGCUGGUGAGGUGCACCCGCCUCCUCCGCCCACUGACACUACCACGCUCAUCCUUGAAGGAUAUUCCAUCAUCCCUACACAUCUCCUCGCCAAACUUAAAGGCCUCCGCCUCCUUAAAAUUAGUGGCAGUCAAUUGGACAACGUUAAUUCCCUGCCGCUCCUGCCUGAACUGGAACAAUUGGACCUCUCCCACAACCGUUUACAGUCUCUGGGCAGAGGACACCUAAAAUCAAACGCCCCAGCUCUUACUCAUCUCGAUGUAGGACACAACAGCCUCAGGAUGGUGAAUAAUACAGACUUGAACGGGCUUGUCCACUUAAAGUACCUUGCUCUUAAUAACAAUCCAGUUGUUCACAUGGAUUCUGAAGUUCUGCAAGGACUAACAAACCUGAAGUAUUUAGAUGUUUCACAAACAAAAUUACCCCAGCUACAUCAUCAAUGGAUGGAGGAUGCUAGCCAGCUUAAUUUCCUCAACAUCAGUGGCGCUGAUUUGUUCGAUUUACCACGCCUCCAUGGGCAAAAUCUCGAAGUGUUUGAUGUAUCGUACAACUCUCUGAAAAACUUGCCUGAUAACAUGAUUUCAGGUGUUUCCUGCCUAGAAAACCUAAUCCUUCACAGUAAUCCCAUCCAGCAUAUUAAUGCUGCAGCUCUUGCUGGAGCAAGAUGUAUAAGACAACUAGAUCUCGGUCACACCCAUAUUGUAAAUAUUGACGAAUUUGUUUUUUCUGAGAUGCCACUGUUAGAGAAGCUGUCCCUCGAGUAUAAUGAGAGACUAAUUCGGGUGGAACAUGGAGCCUUCACAGGUCUCCACAACCUACAACACCUCAACCUGGCUCAUACUCCAAGCCUGAUGGAAAUAGAAGAAGUGGCAUUUGAGGGACUUGCCAAACUCCGCUCUUUAAAUCUUCAAAGUUCGGGUCUCACGGUGCUACCAAUAUCCUUCAAUAAAUUAGUUAAGCAUAAUACAUCGGUCUUUCUGGCAGGAACAGUACUUCGCUGUGACUGCUAUCAUUCUUGGCUUCCUGAAUUGCUCAUAUUAGCAGACACAUCAACUUGGAGUGGCGUGGAGCCCCUAGAGUGCAAAGAUGGUCAACACCGCAGUGUAGCAGAGUUAUACACACACAUGCAACUGUUAAAUUGUGAGGCACCAAAAGCAGUUACUCCUUCAGGUAACUGGGUGAUAGCUCAUGGGAGGCAAAGUGCCUUACUAGAAUGCAAUGUGACUGCUCACCCACUCCACAACGUAAUGUGGCUCACAGCAAAACGUGAAGUCUUCCUACAAAAUGGCAACAGCAGUGCUGAUGAAUGGACAAGUCAUCACUUAAGAGAAGUAGAAGAUUCAGCCUCCAAUAAUCCAGGAUUUGAAGUUUUGGCUUCUGGUCACCUUCUGAUCCGUGAGGUGAUGCGAUCAGAUGUUGGAUGGUACAAGUGCUUUGCUUACAACAGUGUGGGUAACACCUCGGUGUUGGUCUUCCUCAGCAUAAGUGACAGCCAGUUCCGCAACUUGUAUGCAGAAAGCCUCCUCUUUGGCUUUGCCUGUGCUGCCCUCUUCCUUCUGAUCACACUUAUUGUUCAACUAGUCAACUACAUCCUCGACAGAAUGGGAUGGGAGUGCUGCUGUUGUGAGGAUCGAGUGUCUCCAAAAGCUCGCCAGAUUAAGAAAUUAUUGGAGAGUGUCGAAGCUUAUAAAUCACAGCAACUUGACAGGCUUCGAGAAAACUACAAUGGCCAGGUGGUGAGCAUCAAAGAAAGCUGCUACCAGCAAAUGGAGCGUAUUAGAGAGAGUUACAGUAGUCAAGGCAAGAAUCUUCGUGAUCUACGAGACUACAGUACACAGGGUCUAACGUCACUGAGAGACCAGUAUGUUGAUCAGGUUAACAAGGUGAGGGACUACUCAGUAUCACAGAUGAAUAGGGUAAGAGAGAACUAUGUGUUUCAGCGCCACCGUAUCCGCAAAUUUAGUGCACAUCAGCUACUAAGGCUUCGAGAAACUUAUAAAUACCAACAGAAAACACUUAACAAGAUACUGGAAAAUCUGCCAGAUCUCUACCUUCAAAAUUGUAGAACUGGAGGGUGUCAGCGCUCAGAUUCCAUUCUGUUUGACGAUGCUCUCAAUGGAAUAGAUGCAUACUAUAAAAUUGACUUUCUUGACACACAAAGUCACUCUUCUGAUUACUUUACGCCAGCAAGUACACUAACACGUUCAUUUCGUUCAUCAAGAGGCCAGGACCCAACUAAACAACAUUCCCGAACAUCUUCCAAUACUUCCUGUGAUUUUGUUGAAGCGCAACCAUGGUUAAGACGUGACUCGAAUGCUAUAGGUGGGAACAGCCCAUCUCGCACCUUGCCACCUCACCCAAAAAGUCAUAACAGAAGUUCGAGUGUAGCUGGCCCUACUCCCUUUGUGUCUGAUCCUGUGAGGGUACACAAGCGGAGCUUGAGUGCUAGUCAUCCCUCUCACAAAGUAGCCCCAGUACCAGAGGCAAGGGGUAUUCCAGCAAGAAUUACCCUAUGUGAAGAAGUCAGUGAUCAUAAUCUACAGCCAUCAUUAACCUCGCUGAAUUCAGUUCCAGGCACUUCCAAUUUUUUUGGCAGAGUAACACUAACAUAUGAUGAUGAAAAGUCUUCUACUCAAGCUAACCACCAAGCUAAAAGUAACCAAAAAGAACAAAGCUCACCAAAAGUUAAAACAAAGUCUAACAGUGAAGAAGCUAUAUCUAUUGGUACUAGUGAAUGUGUAGAUUCUAAAAUUGCAAAUGACAAUGAAAAUGCAGGUCACAAUGAGGAUGACACACUGCUGGCCACAGUGGCUGAAGAUAGUUGUAGCAAAUCAUCAGCAUAUGAAACAUCCCUGUAAUCUAAACCUGCCUCAGUAUUUACUGAACUAGUGCAGGCAUCUGUUAGCUAUCUGGUUAUCUUUCUAAUAAGGCAUUUAUAAGGUCAAUAUCUUUCACAUACUGUAUUAAUGUGAUAUUCAUUUGUUUGCAGUAAGUGAUGUAUUUUUACCAAACAUGCCUAGCCCAUAUUAAGCCCUUAAAAUUAUCAGGUCUAUGAAUGACGUAGAAAGUGAGACCACUUGUGCCAACGUUUGUUUGUAAUUAGAAGCCUGCAGAGGACUAGAUCUUGUUAACUAUGAAGAGACUACCUGGAACUUUUUCCGUUUCCCUCCCAUGCAGAUGUCUAAUUGCUAUUCUAACGUGUCAUUGCCUCAUCCUAAAUAUCAUUCAUAUAUUUUCAGGUUAGUGCCAUAUGCAAUGGAACCAAAUUACCAUCACAUAUUAUUUUUAGGGUUGUUGUUUGCAUAGUUAAAGAAUAUAAGUUCCAGUAGAAAA